GCGCGCCUGCGCGCAGGGGAAGGCAGGGGGCGGGGUCAGCGCGCGCGCGCCCGCGGGAGCCCUUCCCCUUCCCUGGGCCCGAGCCUCCCCCCGCCGCCUCCCCCUGGCCCUGCGUCCCUCGCAGGGCGCUGGGCCGGCGUGGGGUCUGCGUGCCGCACGGAGGGGGGGGGAGGCAGGCAGGCAGGCGGGGAGGGACAGGGGGAGAGAGAGGCUGAGCCAGAUCUUCAGGCAGCGGCAGCAGCAGCAAAACUUCUGAAGGUUUGCAGAAGAUAGUAGGAGAACCACCAAAAAGGCUAUUGCAGUAUUACAAAUCCUCUUCAGUGGAAAUUACUACUGCCAAUAUGUAUCAUUCUGUGUCUGAAACCAGUCACCCCUUGCAAACAGAGGAGCAAGAAAUGGGCAUUGAUCCUUUGCAGAGUUAUUUGAACAAGCCAGGGCAAGGAGGAUCAAAUGAAAAUGGAAGCAUGCACCACAGCGCAGAUUCUGAUGGAACAUUUAUUUCUUACAGUAAAGAAUGGGAAGAACUAUUUGUAAACAACAAUUACUUGGCAACUAUACGGCUGAAGGGGAUUAAUGGGCAGCUGAGAAGCAGCAGGUUCCGUAGUGUUUGCUGGAAGUUGUUUCUAGAGGUUCUACCCCAAGACAGAAGUCAAUGGAUUAAAAACACAUCAGAAUUAAGAACAUCUUACAACAAGAUCAAAGAAAUUCAUAUUACAAACCCACGGAAAGCAGGACAGCAAGAUCUGAUCAUCAACAAUCCACUGUCUCAGGAUGAGGGGAGUCUUUGGAAUAAAUUUUUCCAGGAUAAAGAGCUUCGAGCAAUGAUUGAACAAGAUGUGACAAGAACCUUUCCUGAAAUGCAGUAUUUCCAGCAAGAGAAUGUGAGGAAAAUUCUUACAGAUGUUCUGUUCUGCUAUGCCAGAGAAAAUGAGCAGUUGCUUUAUAAACAGGGUAUGCAUGAACUUUUAGCUCCCAUUGUCUUUAUCCUGCAUUGUGACCACCAGGCUUUUUCACAUGCCAGUGAAGCUGCACAACCAAGUGAGGAAAUGAAAGUUCUUUUGAAUCCUGAAUAUCUGGAACAUGAUGCCUAUGCAAUGUUCACAUGUCUUAUGAAAACUGCAGAACAUUGGUUUUCCACUUUUGAACAUGACAGUCAGAAGGAGAAAGAUGUGAUGAUUACGCCUAUGCCAUUUGCAAGGCCACAGGACUUAGGCCCAUCUAUUGCUAUUGUAGCUAAAGUAAACCAGAUUCAGGAUCAUCUGCUGAAGAAACAUGAUAUUGAGCUGUACAUGCAUCUGAACCGACUGGAAAUUGCUCCACAGAUUUAUGGACUGCGAUGGGUGAGGCUCCUGUUUGGACGAGAAUUCCCACUUCAGGACCUUCUGGUUGUCUGGGAUGCUUUAUUUGCUGACAGUAUCACCCUGAACUUAGUUGACUACAUUUUUGUAGCCAUGUUGUUAUAUAUUAGGGAUGCCUUGAUUUCAAGUAAUUAUCAGACCUGUUUGGGACUUCUGAUGCAUUAUCCACCUAUUGGAGAUGUUCACUCCCUUAUCCUAAGAGCACUUUUUCUCCGAGAUCCGAAGAAAAAUCCACGACCAGUGACUCACCAAUUCCAACAGAAUUUAGACUAUUACAAAGCACGUGGAGCAGACUUGAUGAAUAAAACCCGUGCCAGUGCUAAGGCUGCCCCACUGAACAUUAAUAAAGUCUCCAAUAGCUUACUCAACUUUGGCCGAAAGCUCAUUGCUCCAGCUAUGGCGUCAGGUAGCGCUGUGGGCCCUCCCGGCAGCGGGAGCGGUGGCAGCUUCCCUCCCGCCGUGAUGCCUGUCAGAGGCACAGUGGAAGCCCCUCAGCACCACCACCACCACCACCACCACCAGGCGCAGCAGCAGAGGAUGAUGAAAUCCGAAAGCAUGCCGAUCCAGCUGGGCAAAGGCCAAAAUUCAAAAAAUAUCAGUUCAUCUCCAAGCACAGAGAGCUUGUCUGGAGGACGUGAAUUUACAGGAUCUCCUCCUUUAUCUGCAUCAAAAAAGGAUUCCUUUUUCAGUACAAUCUCCCGUUCCCGUUCCCAAAGCAAAACUAUGAGCAGAAAAGAAUCCGAGGGGGAAUUGGAGGCCCAGAUCUCAUUUCUACAAGGACAACUAAAUGACUUGGAAGCCAUGUGCAAAUAUUGUGCAAAGAUGAUGAACACACAUCUUGGAAAUAUUCAGGAAGUUAUAUUACAAGAACACUUGGAAAAAGAAGAUGAAAUUCUGGUUUCCCUGGCUGGUUUGAAGCAGAUCAAGGAUAUUCUGAAAGGUUCCCUGCGUUUCAACCAGAGCCAACUGGAAGCUGAAGAAAAUGAGCAGAUCACAAUAGCAGAUGACCACUACUGCUCUAACAGUCAGAACAAGGGGACGAGUGAUGUCCUUAAGGGAUCUGUUAUGACAAAGCAACAGUUCUUCCCAGGACGUCAGACUACAACUGACUCAAGCACUAGCGAAAGUAAGAGUGCUGAUGACUAUAUUCUGAUUUCCAAGGAAGAGGAAGGAAGUAGAAGCACUGCCCAGGACUCAACGCAGUCCCUCGCGGCACACAAGGAGGCACCAGUGAAGCAGGAAGCUCCAUCUCGUUCUUCUUUGAUUUUCUCUGAUCCGCUGAUGGGCUCCAUUUCAGCCUCCUCCAGUAAUCUGAGCUCCAGCCCUGAUGAUGACAGUAGUAAUAACAGCAAAGAUUCUGAUUUUACUAUUGUCAGCCCCCUGGACCUCUAAAGAAACAGAUUGGGACAGAUUGUGAGGUCAGUUGUUACACCUCCGCUCAAACUGCUUUGAUUCCAGGGGCUGGAUCAUUCUUUGGAUUAGAAGGACAGGCAAUAGGUAAAGGUAACCCACUUCAGCUCCCAAAAGCCUAGAUUAAAAAAAAUAAAUAAAUUCGGUUGCAACUCAUCAAAAGAAUAUAAACCUUUUAAUGACUGCCUUAAAUAAAAAUCCAGUAAACCCCAGUUCUAAUACACAGUUAUACUUAGUUAUAGAAUUAUCUUAGGAGCUUUAUUACUGUAGAACUGUCGCUUUCCUGGUGCAUAGAAUAGUAUGUGCUGAGUACUGUAAUGGAUUAGGAAAUAUGUAGAUACUUGGCAUCAGACCUGAAGUGGCAAAGACAAGCCAGAUUUAAUAACUUCCUUUUACAAAACAUGCAAGACUGGGUUUUCUGAGGGGAAAGGGUACUUACUAUCUCUUCAGAGAUUGUGCUUAGCAAAAUAGGGGAUGUAUAUCAGAAAGAUUAAAAGCCUCAUCCUGACACCAGGCUUAUCCUCAGUUGAGGACUCCUAGUUUCUUUGUUUUCAUCUGACAGUAACUUGAAGUGUGUUAGAGGCACAGGUUUGUGUUCCAUUUUUAAUUGUUCGUCAACAUUGUGUUAAAGCAGUAGCUGUUACAAAUUCCUCAAGGAUGGGGACCUGUACAAUAGAGCCUAAUUUCCCUUUGCCUACUCUUUUUUCCCUUCAGAAGUUUCAGUGCACCCCUUCUCCUCAUUAUGUCUGACUACUUUUACUCUCCUUGGCAUGAAUUAAUUUUGGCUUUACUGAGAUUGUUACGGUUAACACAGUAGGCGCAAGGGAAAUUACAGUAUCUGAUAGUGUAGACCUGAGCCAGUUGAACUAAAACUAGCUUGAGUAUGGUAACUUUUACCAGGGAAGGGUGCAAAGAGAUAUGAAAUGUUUAUAAUUAAAAGCACUUUAUGUCUCAUUACUAUUAUCUAUAGAUUCUGUUUACAAAUAUGCCUAUAUGAUGUCUACAUUUCUAGUCAAAAAAAAGAUAAUGGAGCGGCAACGUUAACCAACAAAGUUUCCGAUGAACUCUAUAACUUGUUCUUCUAUGGAAAAGUAUAUUUCUUUCCCAUCAAGUACAUAGUACAUCUAAUAAAAUUUUUUCAAAUAGAUAAGAUUUUUUUAUACUCACUGAUCUCUUUAAACUCUUUUGGAAUUCACAAAAAGAAAUUAGUAAUAAAUGGAAACCUAUUCUUUCUGGACCUACGUAGAACUAUCCUUAUAAAAGAAUGCUAUAAAGCUACUCUGUUUAUAACAACAGCAAAAAAAACCUGUAUUAUUUAAUUUUAUGGUACAUAUACAGUAUACCAUGCAAUAACUUUGUAAUUGCAUGGCAAAGCUUAUGUUAAUAGGCAAUUAAUAAAUGGUAGUUAUUUGCUGAUUAGUCUGUAACUGUAAAUGGAGUUAAGUAGAAUAUUCCAAGAUGAGGUGACAUGUAUUUUGCUGGUCUUAAAUUUUACAAGGUCUGAGUGUCGGGGACUGAACCGAAGAGAUAAUUGUCCUGUAAUUACAUAGUAGCUGCCAUAUCCUUACACAUUGAAAAGCCACCAUGUAAUUCUUCAGAGAUUAAAUGUGCCUUGUAAAAUGAUAAAAUACUAGAAUGUUAUGAGCAGGCAUAGCAUCAUAACAUCUGUGUGACAAGCUGAUAUGAACAGUCAGAUGACUGUUUAUUUCAAUGGAAAAUCUUAAAUGCAUAACAUUUUGGAGACAUGUUUAUUUUGGUUUAGUUUUAAGCUUGAUAGAAAAUCAGUUCAGAAUUCAACACACAUGCCUGUCUUCAGGUUUAUUUUAUUUCCUUGAGCUCGUAUGAAGGCCAGGAGAUUAAAUCAGUAGCUGUCAAUUUAUUUAGGUCUUUCAAGCUUUACUAGCCUUAACCCAUUCAGCAAGGCUUGUGCCACAAAAACAACAAUCUGUUCAAGAAUUACCUAUGGAAAGAGGGAAGAAAUAUAAUGGAGACAGAGGGAAAAGAGAAGUUUUAUAUUCUGUGAUACAUAAGCCUUCAAAGACUCCAGUACUUUGGCAGGGGAAAAUGUUUUUACAUUUUUAUUUUUUUAAGAAUCAUUCUUUCGAUAUCUGUUCUGGUCUUUUGUUUCAGGGGUCACAUUGCAAUUUUCUUGAGCAGUCUCAUUGCCAAUAAAAGUGUGAUUUGUACAGUUCUUUUAUUUUUGUAAGUUAGUUGUAUCCUUAAUAUUGCCUAUUUUAAAGCAGUGCUUAAAGUAUAAAAAUUUGUGGAGUUUCUAACAAGUUUUCACUAAUCAGUGAAUACCAAUGAGCUGAAUGCCUAUCAUGCCAUGGGAUAUGAUAAAAUCCCCAGGAGAAGAGAGGUGAUUAUAUGAAUGAGAUCAGAGUGAAUUGCAAUAGGUUAAUCCAUUUUGGUUAUACCAUGUCCUUCCACAUCUCAAAUAUGUAGUCUCUGAUACUUGGUCAUACUGGGAACAUAGUUAAAAUUUUAUUUAGUCAUUAAGCCAGAAACCUGUAAGUUGGACAAAAUGUGAGAUCAUCACCCUGUCUUGCCUUUUGGUAGGAACAUACCGAGAAAGAAAUUGUCAUUUCAAAUACAAGAUAGUUCUUUUUCUUCAAAGUUGGCCUGCUCAUAAUGUUCAUGGAUAAAAAUAACCAGAUAGAAAAUUAUAUACAUUGGAAAUUACUGAUGAAAACUAAAAUGGGAUAAGAUAUGUAUCUGAGACUGUUGGACUGGAUCUCACAUCUGUAAUCUAUGACUGUUUCAGAUCUCUUGCAUGUCAUGUCAGUUGUAUGUACUGCAGAAAGGCAGUGUCAUGUUUUGACUGGGUAUUCAUUUAGUCGUGGAACUUUGUAUCUUUACCCUGGAAGAACAUCUAGCCCACUUUAUUAAAGAAAGAAUUAACACA